AUGAAAAAGGUCGAUCCCAAUAGUGAGGAGGACUACUGGGAUACAAUCAAGGCCGAGAAAGUUCAAAUUCCUGUUCAAAUCACAUCUCAAGGGGAAGUGAAUUUACCACCAUCUGAGCCUCACUUGAAAGUUGUUUGCAUAUCUGACACACAUGACCAGCUCGAUUUGGUCAAGGACAUUCCUGAUGGAGAUGUUUUACUUCACGCUGGUGACAUGACAAAUUACGGGUCAGAAAAAGAACUAAGGAAGUUCAACGAAGAAAUAGGUACGUCAGAUUUUGUCACAAAACGGAAUGAUUGUAGCUCG